CUGAGACAAAUAUCUCAAAGAAUACAAUCAAAAGUGAAUGCAUUGCAAAAUCCACCAAAAAAUCUUUGCAAUAAAGUUUCAAAACUAAUUUGUAAACUCAAUAUCGAUGCGGGCUUUGCGUCGGGAAUACACGAAAUCUUGUGGUGUCUUUUGUCCGCUUAUUAUAACAAUCAAACCGUUAUUUUGAUUCCCGAUUGGACUAAAUAUUUUGGCCGAAGUCGUGACGUAUGGGAGCGAACUUUUGCAUACCUUUUCGACAGCCAUUCACGUGAGAACUGGAACGACAUCUUUGUUCCGCUCAGCACUUCCUGUGACUACAAAGAGUUGCCUUCACAUCAACUCAAUGUUCCCGAAAGACUAAAUACAGUGAUUGUUAGGAAACUUAUAAACCAAUUGCCCAAACAAUUUGGUAGUGACCUAAUGGCCAUUUUGGACAAUCCCAACUCGUGGUUUCACUCGCAGUUUAUUGGCUAUAUAUUGCGGCCACAGCCGAGACUCCGCACAUUCCUCGACGAGUUUAAGAGAGACAUUAAAUACAGUCAUCCAAUUGUCGGCAUUCAAGUGCGAAGGACUGAUAAAAUCAGUUUCGGAGAGGCUCUCUAUUAUCCGAUCUCUGAUUAUAUGGUUUCAGUAAAAGAUUAUUUCGAUAAACUAGAGCUCACACAACAAGUGUCUCAACGACUUGUUUAUGUGGCUUCCGAUGACCCGUCAGUAAUGCCUCAACUCAUUAAACAAUAUCCAAACUAUCGCUUCAUUGGCAGCACUUCCAACGCAAAGAUGGCUUUCAGUCAAACGACUAGAUAUUCAAACGAAUCUCUUUGGGGAAUACUUGCGGACGCAUUCCUGUUGUCUGAAACAGAUUACAUCGUUUGCACAUUUAGUUCAGAUGUGUCGCCUUUCGUAUCAAUUAAUGCGUUACAACCAAUUGGACGCCUCAUUACAAUACCGAUCACUAGACGUGCCCUUUCAUUAUCACCACUCUUUAACACCCAUUCGGACCGCUCUUUACAAUCAUUGGCCAAAAAGUGAAGAGCAGUGGAA